GUUGGAUUGCCAGUGUGGCGGCUAAGGGCAGCUCGAGCAAUGAUUUACAACUUCUACAUCUUCAAUCGGUCGGGAGCAUGCCUCAUGUACGAGGAAUGGAACCGGUCGAGCGACGCCAUUACAUUGAAUGACGCAGAAGAAGAAAAGCGACUCAUGUUUGGGCUUAUUUUCUCGCUCAAAGAGUUCCUCCGCAAGAUGUCGCCUCCAUCGUCGACCCCGCAAACGCAUUCGCUCAAGACGUUCAAAACAGACGUGUACACGUGCCACCACUUGGAAACGCCGUCUGGACUUCGCUUCAUUCUCUCCACGGAUUGCGCGAGUGGUGAUUUGCAGGACGCUCUGCAGCACAUGUACGGCAACUUGUACGUCGAGUUGGUGACAAAGAACCCCGCCCACGACGCACGGAGCGGGAAUCCUAUCAAGUGCAAACUCUUUCGCGCAAGCAUCAAAGCGUACAUCGAGUCCCUUCCGUGCUUUAAGUAAUCACUCAAUGUGUUUGAAUCAUGCGA